AUGAGUGCAUUUCAGAACUUUGUAGCUCAGCAAAUGCCUGCAACAGCUAGACUUCAAGGUGAAAUAGAGCAGUACUUGACUGAUGGUUUAGUGCCUUACAUUGAAAAGUUCAAUGUGCUGGAUUGGUGGAAGGUGGCUGGAACAAGGUAUCCGACCUUAAGGAAAGUAGCAAGAGACAUAUUUGCUAUUCCCGUAACAACAGUUGCUUCAGUGUCAGCCUUUAGUAUAAGUGGCAGAAAGCUCAAUGAUCAUAGAAGCCGACUUACACCUUAUAUGGUGGAGGUUUUAAUGUGCUCGCAAGAUUGGCUUCGAAACAAGUACAAAGGUGACAAAAUAGUGCACUUCAUUAAUAUUUUCUCUUGCUGA